AUGAAUUUGUAUUUAGAAUAGGCUGCAGAAGAGUUUGAAUAAGCUAUAUCAGAUGCAGAUCAAUUGUUAGCAUUAACAAAAGCUACACUUUAAAAAUUCACAAAUUAUUUGAAAAGAAAAUAAUAAGAAAAAAUGGAGCGAAAAUUUCAUUUGAACAAUAUUACUGAAGAUUCUAAUAGCAUGAAACAUUUAGAUAAAUAAUCAUAUAGUUAAUUGAAAAUAUUAGAAUAUUUUAAUAAGGUUCAUAAAGAGAUGGAUAAAUAAUUAAGAGAUUUGAAAGAAAUGAUUCCCUCCAAUCCUUAAACUUAUGUAAUUGAGGAAUUAAAUGAAUAAGAUUAAAUAAAUAAACAAAUAGAAUAAAAGAUACCUCAAAAGGUGGUUACUCAAGAACAAAAAUUUUUUCCUUUAUUCAAAUAAUAAAGAAAUUAAGGUUCAACAAAUCAAAGUUCAAAACCUCAAAGUUAAACUAAUUUGAGUUAAAAUUAAAUACAAAGUUAAUAGUAAAUCUAAAAUUCUUAGAAUUAGUUAUAAUUUUAGACAUAAUAAAAUUAAAAUACAUAAAAAGAAAGUGUAUCAUAAAAGGUUUAAAGUUAGGUUUAAAAUUAAAAUAAUAAUUAAUUAGAAUAAUAUACAGAAGCAAUUAAACCAAUUUUAAAAUAAAGAUAAGAAAUAAAAGAAUCUGUAAUAUCAUUUGGAAGAUUAUAGAAAUUUUAAUAUUAGAAAUUAUAAUAUCCAAAAUAAAAUGAAGGAUUUUGUGUAUUUUGUGGUUUAGAAGCAAAUGAUUAAAAUUUAGGACCUCUUUUAUUAAUACCAUCAAAUAGUAAUUAAAGUGAGAAAUAUUAAUUACAUGAAAUGUGUGGAUUGUGGAGUUAGAAUUUAGUGUUUUUUAGUAGUUUAGGAUAAUGUGAUCCUAAAAAUAUAGAUGAAGAAGUAGAUAAAUCUAGAAAAACAGUAAGAAUAUGAUUUAAUGAUAGAAAUGUUUUUUAUGUAGUAGAGUAGGAGCAACAAUUUGUUGUGCAUUAUGUCCUUAAUCAUUUCAUUUUACCUGUCUAAUGAAGAGUUCUCAAACAGGUAAAGUUAAAUAUUUAUAUGAUAAGGUAAAUUGAUAGAAAAUUAAUUUAAAUUUUUUUGUGAUAAACAUAAAUCUAAAGCAAGACAUGAAAUGACAAGUGAUGAAGAUUAAUAACCUAAAAAGAAAAAGAAGGUUUAAUAAAAAUUAAACACAUCAAAAUCAAUAAUUAAGAAUAGUCCUAAAAGAGGUAAAUCACCUGCAUCAUAAUAAUAAGCAUUGAUUCAUUAAAGCUUAAAGAAUAAUGAUGAAGAAUUUAAACGUUAAUGGUUUUCAUCUGAUGUUAUUUAUUUAAAUUUACCUUAAUGGGCACCGAUUGAAUAAAAAUUUAGUGAUUUUGAUCCAUUAUUAAUAUAGAAUAAAUAAUUGGAUGCUUAACGUAAUUUUUAAUCAGAAAUCAAAUAAGAAUAAAUGAAUUGA